AUGGCUCGCGAGGGCCGCGCACAAGCUCGCUCUGGUCUCAGCUUCAUCGCGAUUCUCGGCGCUUCCGGCGUGGCCUCCACCAGUGUCCCAUCGCGUCGGGACAUGACGGCGCCGUGCGGCUGGGCGCGGGAGCAUCCCACGGCGGCGGGCUCCAAAUCCGCGGCUCGCAUCGCCUACGCGCUGUACGGCCGGGCGGAAUCGUCCCGCUUUCAGCUCUCGAACGCGACCUGGCUGCGCGGCAAGCCUCACAUCUUUAUCCCGGACCAGCCGACGGGGCCGUGGGCAGCGCUCUACAAGCCAGUGCACCGGAAGAGCGCGUUCGAGCGGUUCCCCACGGACGCCAACAUGCUGUGGGCCGCGCACGUGGCAAACAGCACCGUCAUGCACUCCUCCGACUGGCUCUUCGUCGGCGACGACGACAGCAUGCCCUUUGAGCGCGAAAUCCAGCGCCAAGUCAGAGGCCUCUCUUCCGCUGAGCCGAACGUGCUUGGAUACGUGGGCUUCUCCACUCCGCGAGUCCGCCUGCAAAGGGGAUCGGCAGAGUUGACUCGGCCCGUCCCCUGCCGUGCUGCCGACGUCUGCGCGGGGGGCACGGAGGGUGACGAGCGGAACAACAGCGAGCACGGCUGCUGCGCCUGCCCAACCGCACCCUCGGCCAACGGAUGGAAGGUCAGCUGGAGCAAGGGGGUCGCUUCGUACCGCGUGCCGCCACUCUUCUUCUACGGCGGCACAGGCAUCCUCCUGUCCCGCGGAGUGCUCGACGCCAUCACAUCCGCCGACUGGGUGAGCUGCACACAGCGAAUGCUUUGCGGCCCGAGCGACGACCGACUCCUGACGUGCAUCUACAACCUGCUGCCUCGGGUGUGCGCGAUCCACGUUGACCAAAACGAGAACUUUAUGCGCGGCGCUCUUCAGCGUGCGGGUGUCCCGGCCGCUGUUUGGAACGACGCCGUGUGGAACAACGCGCUUUGGUCGACGAUGUCAGCGGCUCCGAUUCAUGGGAUCCGCAUCAUCGCCCACUUCGCGGAUUCGCCGGCUCACUGCCCCUGGAGCAUGCACAAGCUUGACGAGAGCUGCAUUCAAGUCGUCUAUAACGCCAGUCUUCACUGCCACAGCCAUGCUCCUGCGGCUCACGUAGGGAGCCAGAAGUUCGUCACGCCGGUCGGGCGCGACGCUUGCUGGUGGCGAGCAGAGCAGCAGGAACGCAAGAGGUUGCAGGCGAAGUUUGGAUGGGGCGACGCGGCGACCGCGCCCUUUGAGGAGCUGCACGUGCGGUCGGAGCUCGCGAGGCGCAACGAGCUCGCUGAGAAGGGACGCGAUGCCUGCAAGGUCGUCGUGACAGAGGAGCAGAGCCGGCUCGCGUGCGAGUACGGCGUCACCUACGGCUGCGUCGACGAGCGGACCGUGUGGACUCGAUGCAGAGGGCAGUUCCGAUGCGGAGGCCAGGCCCAUGUCACCUUCCGCUGCGGCUUCCCACCGGGCCGGCCUCUCUACCACUGCAACUGCAGCAGCGCACUGUCAACGUUGGCGCACAGUGUGGUCGCACGACAUUCGAAAGUGCACAAGCCAGGGACCCUGGGGGGGCCGUUUCGGGUGUUUUUUUACGGAGAGCCCGGAGCAAUCGCCGCGGAAAAGGCGGCCAAUUACCACGUGGUGCUCUGCAUCGCAGUGGCUCGGGAGCGCGCGCUGAGACCGGAGAACACCUUUUGGGCGCCCAUGCGCCACUUCUCCAUGCUGCGCCCCCCGGUAAAUGCCUCGGCGCUGUCGACCCGGCCGGUCGACAUGCUGUACCAGAGCUCGAACUGCGACCCGCAACGCGAGCAGUUCGCCCAGACGGUGAGGCGGAUCUUCGAGGGGAGGGGGCUGCGGUUCGAGCACUCGGGCGCGUGCAAGGCGGGCUCAAGCCGCCCACGGUACAUAAAGGGCCAGGAUGCCGUGCUGACUACAAAGAUGAUGAUCUCCAUGUCGCGUAACCAGAGGCCGGACAGCGAGGCCCUCGACGAAAAGCUCGCGUUGCCGAUGCUGCACGGCGCCGCCCUCCCACUGUACGUAGGGACCGGGCACCGCCUUGCAAAGAGGGCGGGGUACCCGAUGCACGCUAUCAUCGAUCGUGCCGAUUUCAAUAGCGACGGCGAGGCCGCAGAGGCGGCGGCGAAUCUGGCCAAGGACCCUGCGGGGCUUGAUGAGAGGCAGAAGCAGGUGCUGAAGUUCGAGCCCAAGUAUGGGAGCUUCGGUGGGCGGGCCUAUGUGGCGAGCCGCAACUUUUCGUUCGCGACAAAACAGGUGCAGGUGAGGGUAUCAAACAACCGCAAGAGCCCCAUAUUCUUGGAGCACCUGCACUUCCUCUUCGGCGGCCGGUACGACUUUGUGUGGGGUGCGAGAGGCGACGUGAUUAUUGACCAAUGCUGCUGGUGA